AGAAAGGAAAAAAAAAAAAUGAUUGUCAAAAAAAAAAAAAUGAAAAACAAAGAAAAUAAAUAAAACAUGAAAAAGAGACGAACAAAUUUAUAAACCCAGCUUAUUCUCUUACAAGUUUGAAUUUCAUGGCUUCUUCUUCUUCUUCGCCCGAGUUUGAAAAUUUUGUAGCUUCCUUGGUUGCUCAUGUAAGUCACAUAUAGGAGCAAUAUGGAAAUGAGGCUACUGAUAAUUAUGAGACAACCUGCUGGGGUUGUGGACUUCGCGUUAUGCUUCCAUCGUGUGCAUCUGUUUUCAAAUGUGGUUGGUGCGGGGCCAUUACAGAUCAUAACAAAAAGAAACAUGAUGAAAAGUGCUUUGGGUGGAGAGUACUGCGUGACCGAUGCUUUCUUUCUGUUGUCAUGGUAUUUAUGUUCUUUGUAAUACUUGGUGGGGUGUGGGCAAUCUACCCUGUAGUCUUCUCUGUCAGUCUUCUUUGGGGAAUUUUUCACUCAAUCAUUACAACAAUAUUGUCCAUAGCUACAAUUUCCUUUUUUAGCCUUGCAGCAUUUAGGUGUGCUGGAACACCCCCAAAUAUAUUAUGGGGAAGCUACCCGACGGUAGGGAAAGGUGACCUUGACAAUUAUAGAUUCUGUCACUAUUGCUUGAAGCCAAAGUCACCUAGAGCACAUCAUUGUCGUUCAUGUGGAAAAUGUAUACUGGAUAUGGAUCAUCACUGCCCAUUUAUUGGGAACUGUGUUGGUGCAGCUAAUCACUACAGCUUCAUUUGCUUCAUCAUUUCUGCAGUUUUGAGCACAAACUAUGUCUCUAUAAUGGCUGUGUAUUCUAGCUGGCAUAUGUGGCCACCAUUGUCACACACCCUCGGACGCUUAAAGGGGAUUACUGGCCGAGACGUAGCAUGGAGAAUUAUGAAUGAAAUUUUUAUCGCCUUCCUGAGAUCUGCACUGUUUCUAUCGUCUAGAGGACUUCUUCUUUUGUAUCUGUUUAUCGCGAGUUUUUCAUUGCAGAUAGGAUUGAGUGUUCUUUUAUGGCAGCAGCUCUCUUUGAUAUAUGAAGGGAAAACUUAUUUGAGUAACUUAAGUUCACAGGAAGAUAAUGAAGAAGAAGAAGAAGAAGAAGAAGAAAAGAAAGAUUGUCAAAAUCUUGUUAGAUUUUUCGGUCUUCAAUAUUCUGUAUCAAGAUUUUUGUCAAUUUUCCAUGUUACUCGGAAGAGGCACGACACAUAAGAGGAAACUGUUAUGUUUUGUAGUCAAUGAUGUCUUACUUUUUUUCACAAUUGUAUCAAAAUAUUUGUAUCUUUAUAUAGGUAUAAUCCAGAAAUUUUAAGAAAAUACCACUGCAAAAAAUAUAUACUUGUUAAGCAUAAAUGUACUUGUUUACAAGAGGAGAUAGAAGUCUAGUGCAUUAUGUCUGCUGAUAGAUUAGCCUCUUAUGAGACUUUUAGGUUUGUUUGUUUUAGGUAGAGAGAGAGAGAGAGAGGGGGAGAAAUACCAUUAGAUGUGAUUAUGCGGAUCUAUGAUAUAUUAGAAAAGAGUAAAAAUUUCACUCAUUCCUCUGUGGUAACUACAUGAUAUAUAUUAUAUAGAUACCUUGUUAUAUAUUUGCUUAAUAAUCCCAAUUCUAAUAACCUUGAC